AGUAUUUUAUUGAAAAUGUCCUUCUCGUUUGUUUCGCAGGCAUGCCUUGCUGUGAUCGUGUCCGUGUUUGGUGUUGUCCUUAGUGUUCCCCUAGAUGGACAGCAACAGACAGUGGCGAUUGAAGGUGGAGCAAAACGCCAGGAAAAGCGUGGUAUUGGUCUCGCAUACACCGGGCUAACCGGGUUUGGUGCGUACGAUACGUCCCUUGGACUGGCCGGUUAUCCUGCCACAGCUUACGUCACCCCGACCGUGAUCAAAUCAACCUACACUGUACCGGCGGCAGCUACGUACCAUACGGCGGCCUACGAUGCGGCACAUAGCAAGUUCGGCUAUGGUGGCUUCUAUCCGGCCAGCUACGGAGGCUUCGGCACGGGAGGCUACGGAUAUGGCGGAUUUGCGGCUCCGGCGGCCACCUACAGCAAAAUCGUUCAUCCCGCCACCAGCACGUACACGAAGGUCAUCCAGACGUAUCCGUCGGCAGCGGUUGUAGCCGCUGGUACACCUGCGGUCGCUAGCUACACCGGUGUUGGUAGCCUCGGAGGAUACGUUUACUAAGGGGACGGGGAACAAUACAAUAUGCUAAAGUGACCCGAAUGUCGUGAACGGUUUGGGAAUGGAUGCUGUAAAUGAUGUAUGGUAAUAAAGUGUAACAAAAAGUG